AUGGCGAUCUCUUGGGAUUCCAUCCGCGCAUUUGUCCUCUUCUUUGGACCGAUGCUUCUUCCAAAGGCCAUCUCCUAUUAUCGCAGCGUACGAUCAGCCCCCCGACGACAUGGCCUUUCCGUGCAACCCGUCCCGCCGACGAUUCGUGUAGCCGUCUUUAUGCUCUCCUUCUUUGCGUUCAUGCUCGUCGUCAAAACGUUACCGGCCGCUUCCCCAGAAAACAUAUUCAUCAAAACGCAAAGCCGACUUCAAAUACCGGUCGAUGUGCUGUUUAACCGUGUUUCAGCCCUACGAUCUGACAAUGUCUUCACGGCAUGGGAUCACGCAUUGAGAUCCAAGUUUGUCAAUCUAGAAAGUCGACUGUUGUAUUUCCAAUACGGCCCAGAGGUAUUGGCUGAGUGCAUCUUCUGCAACGCCGACGAACCAAAGAGCUACUUCUACUAUGCUCUCCCCUCAAUAUUGUGGCCACAUAUUGGCAACUUAAUCAUCCUCGCCAUUGUUACGAGUCCGUCGUUGACGGGAAAGUACGGCUCUCAAUGGAGAACACUGGCAACAAUCUCUUCCGGCAUUCUUGCUGGGCUGGAGCUGUACUUUGUUAGCUCGUACAAUUAUCAGGCAAACUCGCGGGCGCUUCGGCUUAGCGACUUGGACUUCUUUUACUGGACGAUGCGCAGCUACCGUUUCGUCGCUCUUGCAGCCCUGGAUGCUGCAAUUGCAUAUGCUUUAUACCUUUCAUCCACCAAUCGUGCGUUUGUGCAGCCUCCAUCUCCGGCGGAGCGCAUUGAACUUGUCAACCGAGCACUUGUGGUAGCCAGGAGCAAGGUGAAUGCGGUUGGUAUAGUGAAGAACACAAUUAUGCGUGACGAAGAUUUACGGUCACGCUCUCAAGGGUACUGGCAACACGAGGUCCGGCUCAUGGGCGAGGUGAUGGAGGAGCGAGAAGUCAUUGAUGGGGUAAAUGACGCCUUGAGCAACAGGAUUGAUAUCCAAAACAUAACCAGGGACGCAGAGACAUACACUCAAAACGUCCUACGACCGAUGCAACAAGAAUAG